AUGGCUCGCGGAAAGGAUAAGAAAAAGAGAAAACUCGAAAAAAAGCAGGAGGGUGACGAUGUUCCGAAAAAAGUACCACACACUUUGGAAUCUCUCAGGGAAAAAGAUGAAACUAUGCCAGCAAAUGCAGACACUGAGGAACAAGAAGAGGCACAAAAAGACAUGGAACUUGAUGAAAUGGCAACAUACUUUGAAAACUCGUACGAGCCAAAAGUAUUGAUCACAUAUUCAGAUAACCCACACACUAAAACAAGGACGUUUGGCAGAGAACUGAUGAAAAUUAUUCCUAAUUCAUUAUCUAGAUAUAGGCAAAGGUCAUCAGUUAAGAGAAUAGUUCAAUCAGCGAUAAGAGAAGAUAUGACGGAUGUGAUAAUAGUUAAUGAGAAUCAGAAGCAGCCCAACGGUUUCCUGCUCAUACAUCUCCCCAACGGACCAACGGCACAUUUUAGACUGUCCAGCUGUAAAAUAACAAAAGAAAUGAACAAAGACCACAGAGAAAUAACAAACCAUAGACCUGAGGUUGUAUUAAACAACUUCAGCACCCGACUGGGUCUGACAGUGGGUCGUAUGUUAGGAGCGUUGUUCCACUUUGAACCCCAGUUUAAAGGAAGACGAGUCGUCACCUUCCACAACCAGAGGGACUACAUCUUCUUUAGGCACCAUCGAUACGAAUUCACGAAAGAAGGGAAGCGUGCGAAGCUGUGCGAGUUAGGGCCACGGUUCACUUUGAAGCUGAUCUCACUACAACAAGGAACGUUUGACUCCAAGCACGGAGAUUACGAGUGGAUCAUAGCCGGCCGCAGACACCAGAUGGAAACUUCCAGAAGGAGGUUCUUCUUAUAA